GCUGGUCGCGGAGGAGCGGCGCUCCGGCCGCCGGGCACUUCCGGUAUCCGGGCACUUCCGGCCUCCGGCACUUCCGGCGCGGCUGUGGCGGGAGGAUUCGAGCCGCGCGCGCGGCUGCGGCGCCGGCGGCAUGUCCCGGGGCGCGGCGCUGGACGAGCUGCGCGCCUGGCCCGAGACGCGGUGCCGCCGGGAGCUGCCGGCCGUCCUGCCGCGGCUGCUCUCCAUGUUUCAGGAAGCCAGUGACUGGGCUGAACAUAUUCGAAUUCUGAAAACGGCCAUAGACAUGUUUGUGCCCCACGUGGACCACCAGAUGCUGGAGGAGACCUUCUUGUCACAAGUGCUGCCGAAGACUGUGAAAUUAUUUGAUGACAUGAUGUGUGAAUUAACAAGUCAAGCCAAAGGACUCUCGAGCCAAAAUUUGGAAAUCCAGGCCACCCUAAGGAAUAUUUUACAAACAAUGGUGCAGCUCUUAGGGGCUCUGACAGGAUGUGUCCAGCAUGUCUGUGCCACGCAGGAAUCCGUCGUUCUCCAACAUAUCCAUAGUCUGCCCUCUUCUGUCCUGCACGUCAUUAAAAGUACAUUCGUCCAUUGUAAGAACAGUGAAUCUGUCUACUCUGGGCGCUUGCACCUCGUUUCGGAUCUUCUCCAGGCUCUGUUCAAGGAGGCCUAUUCCCUCCAAAAGCAGCUCCUGGAGCUGCUGGAUAUGGUCUGCGUGGAACCGGGAGCCGACGAGAACGAUGGGACUGUGGGCAUGGUCCUAGUUAUUCACUCACUGUUGGACAUCUGCUCUGUGAUUUCCGGUAUGGACCACGCGUUCCACGCCAACACUUGGAAAUUCAUAAUUAAGCAGAGCCUGAAACACCAGUCGGUGCUCAAGAGUCAGCUGGGACACACAGCCAUCGUCACCGGCCUGUGCGAGGACAUGCUCUCUGCCUUCCACUCCUGCCUGCAGCUGGCGGAGCAGAUGGCGCGGGCGACGGCCCCGGGGGAAGACGGGGUGACAGCAGUCCGGGAAAACGCUGACUACAGAUUAUUUCAAAAAGCACUCAAAUUGUGUCGUUUCUUUGCUAACUCCCUUUUGCACUACACUAAGGAAUUUCUUCCCUUCCUUGCUGAUUCUUGUUACAUGUUGCACCGCCUUUACCUUCAGAUACACAGCAAGCUCCCUCCGAGCCUGGACGCACCCGCGAUCCCCAGCGCGCAGCAGGAGGAGGUGGCGGGCACGUUCCUGGUGACCCUGGACGCGCUCCUCGGCCUGCUGCUUCCGUUCCAGCCCUUCGCGCACGCGGUCUUGGAUAGUACGUCAGGGCUGCCCGCCGAGCUGCAGCUCCCACACUGCCUCCUGCUGGUCAAGCUCAUGGACAAGCUGCCCGCCCAGCCCGAGGCCGUGCAGGGCCUGUGGUGUGGGCCCCUGCCGGACUCGGAGGCCCUGGCCAGGCCGGCUCUUAUCAGGGCCCUGUUCUGCAGCUUUGAGCAGUGUUCUGGCGAACUCUCUCUGCCUGUUCACUUGCAGGGAGCCGAGGGGCCGGGGCAGCCUGAGGCCGCCGCCACCCUGUACCAGCACGUCUGCGUUCACCUCUGCACCUUCAUCGCCUCCUUGCACCCCUCGCUCUUCCCCACGCUGGACGCCGCGCUGCUGGCCGCCAUCCUGGGAACGCAGAUGAUCGCCUCCCUGCUGGCCGUGGACGCCUGGUGCUUCCUUGCUCGGUUUGGGACUGCUGAGCUCUGCGCCCACCAUGUCAUCGUCGUGGCCCAUCUGGUCAGAGCCUGCCCCGGCCUGUGCCAGCAGCUCGCCAGCCUGGCCCUGCUGUUGCAGCGGCUCCUCUUCUUCAUGACCCCAGCACAGCAGGCGGAGUUCGUCCAGCAGUUCCCGCCCCGGGAGGCCGAGAACUGGCCCCUGUGGCAGCACGUCUCCUUCCGGGCCUUCUCGGCCGAGCUGCGGAGAGACGCGGCCGAGGCGCUGGGCCAGGCGGGCGUCCUGCAGUGCCGGCAGUGGCUGGGCAGCCGCCGCACGCUGGCCGAGCUGGACACGCUGGACACGGCGCUCUCGGCCCUGCUGGCUGUGUGCGCGUCAGCUGGGGAUGCGCUGGACGCCGGGCAGCAGGCCGCAGUCGUGGAAGUCGGGAGCCAGCUCUGGGCCUGUCUGAGCAGUCAGCAGGCCCUGGGGCACCCUCGUGUCCAGCACACACUCGGUCUUCUGCUUCCGCUGCUGGGGCUCCUCGUUCCCGCGCUGGAUCUGCAGCUGGUCGGCCAGGUGGUGACCGCACAGGCCGCGCUGCUGAGGCUGGGCCCGCCUGACCACGUGCGUCUGGCCGUGCCUGACUUCGUCUUGUCCCUGGGAAGACUGGUCAUCCCGAAGGACGCCCAGGAUGCCGUGGUGCCGGGGCUCGCGUCCGUGCUGCGCCUGCUCCUGGCGGCGGGGCCGUGGCUGCUGGAGCAGCAGGCCCUGGAGGCCUUCACCCACUUCGCCCAGGGCACGUGUCACGAGGAGGCGGUCCCGCGGUGCCUGGGCUCGGAGGACGUGAGGACCAGAGUCGUGGCCUUCCUGGAGAAGAGCGGGCUCGGGGAGGAGACGGCCGCCGCCCGGCUGGAGCGUGUGAAAAGGGAGAGGAGCGUCUUCGCCGCGCCCUUGGCGGCAGCAGCCGCCGAGCCCCCCUCGGAGCCUCCAGCCAAGAGGGCCUGUCCGGGCCCCCCCGAGGCCCCGCUCCGGGCCGCGCUGCAGGCCGCCGGCCAGGCACUGGGCACCCUCGAGUCGCUGCUGCGCGCUGGGCCCACGCCGGGCUGGCUGCCUGCCCAGCUGACGGUGCUGCUCCGCCGGACAGAGGCGCUGGGCCGCCUGCUGCAGCCCCGCCGGGACCUGGCCGGGCCCUCCUAGCGCGGGGGGCGGCCCUGCAGCGGAC